AUGCGCGCGACGUCGUCGGCGCGCGCGUCGACGUCGACGUCGACGCGCGCGCGGGCGCGGGCGCGCGCGCCGCGCGGGCGCGCGCGCCGCGCGAGCGUCGCGAGGGACGACGCGUGCGGACGCGAACCGUUGCCGUGGCGCGACGGCGGCGACGAGACGCGCGACGGCGUGCGACUGGGGCACGCGUCGGCGUUCAUCGGGUGGGAGGUGUACCUGGACGAUGAUCCGGAGACGCUCGUCGGGGUCGUGGCGGACGUGGCGGCGAUGUCGGCGGCGGACGAGGACGAGGACGAGGACGAGGACGAGGACGACGGCGGACGCGAAGACGAAGGCGAGGAAGCGAUCGCGGGCGGACGCGACGCGAAGACGAUGACGACGAUGACGAAAACGAUCGAUGGAGAUGAUUUGAGCGAGGACGAACGGGUGUUUUUGUCGCGGUUGAACGUGUCGUUGUCCAUCGAGGAGGCGUUUGAUUCGGACGACGCGUUUGAUUCGGACGACGCGUUUUUGCUCCUCGUCGAGGGAUUGCACGCGACGUCGCUCGGUGAGCGACCGCUUCAUUACGUUCCGUUCGUGCCGACGAUGUUUCCUCGAUGGAUUCCGAACGCGCAGGCGUUGUUUCUCGAUCCGCCCGCGGGGUUGCUGGAUCUGGCGUUGCGCGAAGUGCAACUCAACGAACUUCGCAACGAUUUGUUGCCUUUUUGUCGUACGCUCGGUGCGGAUGUGUAUGGGAUGCCCCAGCGUCUUUCGUUGAUCAAACAAGACCAAAGGCAGCUCGUGAAGCGCGUCGAGGCGCUCGGAGAUUGGCGCGAAGUCGCGUUGGAAUUGGAUUUGAAACCAGACGCCGCGCCGUGGUAUUAUUGGGACAACAUAGAUAAUUUAGAAGAUGCGUUGUUGAAGCUCGUGGACGCGUUUUGGUUCGAAGAAACGGACGGUGACGACGUGUUUUGGUAUAACGACAUCAGCGGUGCGCUGAGAGUGACACCCCCGACCGAUGGCGACGGAGGCGGUUUAGACGUGCCGGUGAUGCCGACCAUGGGCAACUUGAUGGAGGCGAGACGCUGGGAUUUGCACCACGCCGUCGUACUUCACGGAGGAUACCGCGCGGUGGCGAAAGAGCUCGGAUGGACACACGCGCGACGAAUUGAAAACAGGCACUUGCUUUCCUUCGAUGCGCUACGCGAGGAGAUUCUUGAGCUCGUCGAAGACGAGUCGCUCGUCGAACUCGGCGUUCGUCCCGGACAGCUUCCGUGCGCGUCGCAACUCGAAGAGGUUGAUCGAGAGGAUUUGGUGAAAUUCAUCAAGAUCCACGGCGGAUUUUCCGCCGUUGCAAGGCGUUUAAAGCUCGAGCCUAGCAAAAGUGCUCGAGUGAAGUAUCCCACGGUGACCGCUGCGGCGAAGGCGUUAAGAGCAUUCGCCGUUGAGCACGACAUCACGACGACGAUGAGUCCUCGCUUGACUAAACGAGUCGUCGUCUUCGUGCCUUCCGAUACCGAGCUCCGCGAGCACGGACGAAACGAUUUGCGGUACGCCCUGCGACAAUAUUCCCCACACGUCAUAGCCGAGGUUGGUAAGAUGAGCUUGCGACAGUCGCGAAUGUCGUACGUCGAGGCGAGAGCAGAGCUGCGAAAAUGGAAGUUUGAAGUCGGCAAGCGCUCGGUAUUCUUGAAUUGGUGCAAAGCUGGGAACAAGCCGUGGAAUAUGCCAGCAGUUCCUCAAACUUACUACGCUAAAAGUGGCGAUUGGGUGUCGUGGGAAGACUUCAUGGGCCGCGGCGAAUCGGAACGUUGA